AUAUUGCUCCGCAAAGCCAUCGCGAAAGUUAGUAAAGGUGAGAUUUUGGUGACAGAGUGACAGAAAAAACGGAAAACGAUAAAUUCGUAUCGUGUCCAACGUGAGGUCCGGUCGUCGACGUUUCAUGAUGACGUCAUUUUAUCAGAAUGACAAGAAUUCCCUCGCGGAGAGUUGUACCUGCAAAAAUCAAAUUUCUGAAUCUAUUGCUCCGGUGAUCAAUAUGUCGACUGAAAGUGUGGAAAAGCGAUAUGAUGAUAUAAUAAAAUCACAAAAUGACGACCGAUUAUAUAGAGGUUUAGUGCUCGCUAAUAAAAUGAAAGUUCUUUUAAUAAGCGAUCCAACAACUGGUAAAAGUGCUGCUGCAAUGGACAUUAAUGUCGGCUCUAUGUGCGAUCCAGAUGAUCUACCUGGAUUAGCGCACUUUUGCGAGCAUAUGUUAUUCCUAGGAUCGAAGAAAUAUCCUGAACAAAAUGAUUACGAUACGUAUCUGUCACAGAAUGGUGGUUCGAGUAACGCAUCAACAUUAGCCGAUCAUACCACUUAUUAUUUCGAUGUAAUUCCCGAGAAAUUAGAAGGCGCUUUAAAUCGUUUUGUUCAAUUUUUCUUGGCGCCUCUCUUUAAGGAAGACACGACUGAGUUAGAACUAAAUGCCAUAAAUUCAGAACAUGAGCUACAUUUAACGAAUGAUUUGAAGCGAUUUAAUCGAUUUGAACAAUCAUCUGCGAGCUCAAGUCAUCCGUAUUCGAAAUUCUUUACAGGAAAUAGAGAAACAUUAGACACAAUACCGAAACAAAAGGGCAUUAAUGUUCGAAAUAAGCUACUAGAGUUUUAUGAAAAAUAUUAUUCUGCAAAUAUUAUGUCACUGUGUGUUCUUGGCGAAGAGAGUUUAGAUGAACUCGAAGAUAUGAUAGUGAAUCUGUUUUGUGAGGUACGAAACAAGGAAAUUGAAGUUCCAUCGUGGCCUGAACAUCCAUUCAACGAUGAACAUUUCCGCACUAUAUGGUAUAUUGUUCCGAUAGCGGAUACAAGAGGCUUAGACAUUUUCUUUCCUUUACCAGACAUGCAUCAACAUUACCGGUCUUCGCCUGAACGUUACGUUUCUCAUUUGCUUGAACAUGAAGGAAAAGGCUCAUUAUUAUCAGCUUUAAAAGCCAAGGAGUGGAGUACAUCCAUAGUAUGCGGAAAACGUUCUCCUGCCAGAGGCUUCAGUAUUUUUGAAAUUUUUAUCAAUUUAACUGAAGAAGGUAUUAAGCAUAUCGAAGAUAUUGUUCUACUGGUGUUUCAAUACAUCAAUAUGCUUAAGUUGAAAGGACCAAUCAAAUGGAUCUAUGAUGAAUAUACAGAUAUUGCGAGUACAAACUUUCGUUUUAAGGAGAAGUCUUGGCCUCGUGAUUACGUGAAAUUUACGGUUCGAGCGUUGCAAGAAUUUCCUAUGAAUGAAAUUUUAUGCGCGCAGUGUAUUGACUCUGACUGGCGACCUGACUUAAUCGAGGAAAUAAUGGGAUAUUUGAAGCCGGAAAAUGUUAGGAUUCACGUAGUUGCAAAAGCAUAUGAAAAUAUAGCGAAUGAAACUGAAAGAUGGUGCGGUACUAAAUAUAAGAAAGUGAAGGUACACAAGGAAACGAUGGACAUGUGGAAUUCCGCUGGUUUUAACGAUGACUUGAAAUUGCCUCCCAAGAAUGAAUUUAUAGCAACUACAUUUGAUAUCAAGCCACAAACUAAUGUUGAAAAGUUUCCCAUUAUUUUGGAGGAUACAUCAUUUAUAAGACUUUGGUAUAAAAAGGACGAUGAAUUUCUUGUGCCUAGAGCAAGAAUGAACUUCCAUUUCGUCUGCCCAUUUCCCCGUAUGGAUUCCCUUAGUUGCAAUUUGACUUAUUUGUUUAAUCAGCUGUUGAAUGAUUCUCUUGCGGAAUAUACAUAUGGUGCUGUUUUAGCUGGUUUACAAUGGGAAUUUGAUUCUACUUACUAUGGAAUAUCACUCUAUAUACAUGGUUAUGAUGAUAAACAACGUAUGCUGUUGGAAAUAAUUAUGGAUCGAAUGAUAAAUUUUAAGGUUGAUCCGAAGAGGUUUGAAAUAAUAAAGGAACAAUGCAUCAGGAACUUGAAAAAUUUCGCUGCUAGACAACUUAGUAGACAAGCUGAAUAUUAUCUUGGAUUCCUAUUAUCGGAGCAAAAACUUGAAAAAUUUCAAUUACUGGAAACUACUACCUAUUUAAGUGUCGAGGGACUCCAGCGGUUUAUACCACAGCUACUCAGUAAGAUGCACGUCGAGUGCUUAAUAUAUGGUAAUGUGACUGUAAUGGAAGCUAGAGAUAUAAUUAAACUAAUUGAGUCUAAGUUAACAACUGGAGUACCCAACAGAAUACCCUUGUUAGAACAGCAUCUAGUAUUGUCACGUAACACUAAACUAGAAGAUGGUUGUCACUUUCUGUUUGAAGCAGAAAAUAAUUUUAAUAAAAGUUCUUGUACACUGGUAUAUUAUCCAACUGGUUUACAAUCAACAGAGUCGAAUAUGCUCUUACAGCUCUUAGAAAAAAUUAUUGCGCAACCUUGCUAUAAUACUUUAAGAGCUAACGAGCAAUUAGGCUAUAGAGUAUUCAGUGAUAUAUUUCAAACGAAUACAUAUAGUGGAGAACAAGGCUUGGAAAUCUUUGUCCAAAGUGAUGAACACCCGCAAUAUGUCGAAAAACGAAUAAAUUUAUUUUUAGACUCCAUGUUGAAUCACAUAUCUACCAUGACAGAAGAGCAAUUUGAAGAAAACAAGAAAACUACAUUACGUUUUAUUAAACCAAGAAAGUUAAUUGCAAAGUUAGCCAUGUACUGGAGUGAGAUUAUGAGCCAACAAUAUAACUUCGAUCGAUUCAAUAUUGAAAUGGCUUACUUAAAGACAAUAUCACGGCAGCAAUUACUGAAUUUCUUUAAGGAAACUGUAUAUAGUAAGGAUCGACGUAAAUUAUCGAUACAUGUGAUAUCCACAGCGUCAACUGAUGAAAAAGUUAGGAAAAUCGACGAUAUUUUGUCAUUUAAAAAGAGUCAAUCUUUGUAUCCUCUACCUAAUCGCUUAAAAAAAUUUCCUCAUGAAAGGCGUAUGUUCUUGUAGGUUAUAAAAAAAGUGAUAAGGUAAUAGUGAAUUAAACGAAUGAAUUUACUUACGCAUAAUUUAAGUAAAAACUUGACGCAUUAUUUUAGAGAAAUUAAUAAAUCACUUGCAGUUUUUAAGGUGGUUCUUUAGUAAACCCACACAGCAUUGAAAGUUUUCAGAAGUAAUCUUCCAAAGG